CUUUGCCUGUUAGGUGACUUCAACCCAGCGGCCAGCCCUGGUCCCGGUUUGCAUCUGUCUGCUCGGCAACCGGCAGGGUGGCGACCUUCUGAUCCCGGCAGGUGACGGUGACUUUCCGGCUGCCGGAGACGCAAGUUACUCUCCACGUAGCUGGAGACGACUUCAGCAUAGAAAGCCAAGUUUGCUUGUUCUGUUGUUCAUCUUUAACUAACGCGCCGUGCGAAGGAGGAGUGGAAGAGGAUGUCCCAGGAACGGUCACGGCGACCGGCCGGUUCCUCCGCUAAUGAUGAUGACAAUCUGUUCAUUGACCUAUUAAAUGGGUCUCGCCUAACCAGUCAUCGGCAGCCUAUAAGCAUUGUUGGCGGCGUUAUAUACUGCGUCUUGUUGACAGGGUAUGCUAUUGUAGCUGCGGCCGCCCCAUGGAUAUUCUAUGCGGUACCAAAAUUGAAGCUAUCACUUCUUUGCAGUUGCAGUGUCGUUCUUUUGAUUGUAACAGGGAUUUUCCAGCAAUAUUUGGUUUUCCAAGUGAGGAAGCUGCAGUUACAAGGUUAUUUUACUUUCAGCCAGAAAUUAAGGCCAGUAGUUCGCCUUCCUUUUGUAUCUACCUCCUUUGGAACUGCAUUGAUGCUGUUGGUCAUGUCAUGGCAACAAUUUAUCAAUGUUCCUUUCUUGUCUAUUUCGACAUCACUAAGGAUAAUCAUGUUCGUUGAGGUUAUCUGUGCUGGGUCUUUUAUGAGUCUGUACAUUGGGUGCGUGCAUCAGUAUAACUCUUUGAAUGGGCAGCCUGAUGUUCUGAAGUUCUUUUAUUCUUCCCUGCAACCUUCAAACGCUUUAGAAGAAAUGAGAUAUCAUGAUGGUGACCGUCUUUCAGAUCAGCAUAUGGCUUUGUUGCAAUAUCAACAGGAAAAUCUGCAUUACUUAAGUGAGGAGAUUCUUCGGUUGCAGGAAUGCUUAAGCAAAUAUGAGCAAUCUGGUGAUGGGAACAAUACUUCCGUUGAUCUUGCACAUCUAUUGGCUGCUCGUGACCAAGAAUUAAGAUCUUUAUCUGCUGAGAUGAAUCAAGUGCAAUCAGAGUUGCAUCUAGCCCGUGAUCUAAUUGCCGAGCGUGAUUCUGAGGUGCAGCGCAUUCGUGCAAUGAACAGUCAGUAUGUCGAGGAGAAUGAAAGACUGAGGGCCAUACUGGGGGAGUGGAGUGCCCGUGCAGCAAAGCUUGAACGUGCAUUGGAGGCAGAACGACUUCCCAAUAUGGAAUUGCAGAAAAAAAUUCCGAAGGCAAGGCAUCCACCAUCCCAGUCAAGUGAACGUAACGAAGAUUAGCAGAUGGACAUUUGUGUUUGGAUCAUGGUCAUCACAAUGCACAUUGUCUUCAGUGGGGAGGGUGUUGUACAGCGACCCAUUUGUGCCAAACACGGGCAACAUGUUCCAUGGACAAGUUCACUCUAGCAGAUGGCAUAGGUAUUUAUAGACCAGCAAGAUUGGUGGCCUAAGGUCUGUUGCUCAUCAUUCUCACAGCUGCUGUUUGAGUGUGACCGAGUGCUGUUGGGUUGAUCUAUCUGUGAUGUUUCAGCCAACAUGGGCUGUGGGCGAUAUAUCGUGCUUAGUUGUUUGGUUUGUUGUAAAAAUGUGAAGCACAAGAAAGCCACAACAUAUAAGCAGCCCAAGUUUUGAUUAUUUCUAUCAUCCACUAUUUAAAGUUA